CUAUAAGCGGGAGCCAAAUAGGCGCCCCUUAUCUUCUUUUUCACCAAUUGGUUCCAUUUUCACACUGGCAUGGCUUCCACACUCUUUCAGCUCCUUCUUCAUCCAAACCCAUCACACUCGCUCAUCCAUAGCCCACCACACAGAAAGCACUCCUCCAUCAAAUGCACUACUUCUGACAACUCCACCCCUCAGCCCGACCUCCCAUGCCCACCUCCAGGUUCUGAUCGCACCCUCAACAAACCAGAGAAUUUUCCCAUCGAAAAGCGAAGAAAAUCUGAGAUAAUCCGCGACCGGAAGUCAACAACUGGCCUGGCACAGCCCGAGCCACGCAACUUUGAGAUCGGUUGGAAGAGAACCAAGGAGAUAAACUUGGAGAAGCCAAAAGGGUAUAUCAUAGCGGACUUUCUGGAGAAGUUGGAGGGUCUGAUGGGGAAAGAAUUUGGGUCGACGGAGCUUCUGGCAAAAGUAGGGGAAAUUGUGGCGGAGAGAGCGAGAGAGGAAGCAGAGGUGUUGAGAGAUGAAGGAAAAGUGGAGGACAGGAUGAUCACAGAGUUGUUUAGGGUGUUGAGACUGAUGGAGAUGGAUUUGGCUAUGGUUAAGGCUGCGGUGAAGGAGGAUACAUUGGGUGAGAGGCUUGAACAGGCCAAGGCACGCUGCAGGCAAGCCAUACUUGUUGCUCUCUCGUUUUGAGGAUUUGAAUAAUUGGAUAUUAUGAUUUAUUUAGUUUCUUUUGUAGGUUUAUCUUUAUCAUUCCUAAUCUCUCUAUAAAUACAGAGCAUUGUAAUACAAUUUAAUAUACUGUAAUAUAUUUCUACCAUCUUUUAAAUCAAAAGGGUGCUAGAUUAUCAA